CCUUGGAAUAAUAUUUACUUCAACACUCAGUGUUACUUGUGUGAAGGCUGCCACUGCCGGUUCAGACCCUUCCAUCAGUUAGAACGAGAAUUUGAUAAGCGCAGUGCAUCUCAAAUCAUUUUCGCCUCUGUGUCUCUCCCGUCUGCGUCCCUAACCAAACACAGAGGCAUAUCUAAAAGAUUGUCCAGUGGCAGGAGGCAGUGGAGACCCAGGAGGUACAGAGAUGUCCGAGAAAAAUGACCAGGUGGCCAACUCUACGCUGGUUCUUCUCCAGCAUCAUAACUUGCCAAGGCCGAAGGAGUUGUGGGGUUGUCGCCACACUUUGGCACUACUGGGGUUUCUGGGACUGUCUCUGGUGUACGCCAUGCGGGUCAACCUCUCCGUUGCUAUUGUUGCUAUGGUGAAAGAAAACAACACUGCACACUACAACAAUACAUCCGAUAACGAUGGGUGCCCAGUACCAGACGAUUACGAUGAUAACGACUCCGGAAACUAUGUGAAACUCAUCCGCAGAAUGGGGGAGUUCGACUGGGACGACAGUACUCGCGGCCUCAUCCUGGCUUCGUUCUUCUAUGGAUACACCUUGACUAAUUUUGUGGGAGGGCGGAUGGCGGAGUACUUGGGCGGAAAGAUUGUGUUUGGCACAGGCAUCUUUCUCACCGCCAUCCUCACACUCCUCUCUCCCGUAUGUGCCAGGGCCUCCACCACACUCUUCAUUAUUAUCAGAAUCUUAGAGGGGUUCACGGAGGGUGUAACUUUUCCAGCAAUGAACUUCAUGCUGGCUUCCUGGGUGCCACAAGCUGAACGGCCCAAGUUCUCCACUUUGGUGUAUACUGGAGUGGAGUUCGGGACAGUGGCAACUAUGGCGGCCACCGGUUGGUUGUGUGACUCCGACUUCAUGGGAGGAUGGCCGUCUGUGUUCUACAUUAUAGGCGUUCUGGGUGUUGUAUGGAGCAUCGCGUGGUUCCUGCUGGUGUUCAACCAUCCACAACUUCAUCCUAGAAUAUCUGAAGAGGAACGAGAAUACAUUUUACACUACUGCGGCAAAAAACCAGAAAAGUUUCAAAAUAAAAGUAACUGGAAGGAAAUAUUUAAAAUUACCGUAGUUACUGAACUCAUAUUUGAAGGCUUAAACAAAAUCCUCAACAUUCUUCAACAUUCUUCAACAUUCUUCAACAUUCUUCAACAGCUUCCCAACUCAUACAGACAAACAGAAUUAUCUUGA